AUGGCGGCGCUGGCGGGGGCCGCGCGGCGGGGCCUGCGGCCGGUGCUGUCACCGGCGGUCCAGGCUGGCGCCCUGGACGCGCGGCGCUGGGUGCGGGCGCUGCGACGGAGCCCCGUGAACGUGGUGCUUUCAUCCGGACAGGUGGUGGGACGGAAGCCGCCCCGCACGGCGGCGUCCGAGGCCGGUGGCCAGGAGCAGCGACAGACACAGCCGCCGCACGUGGCCGCGUCCGGGUCGCUCGGCACUUGGGAAGAGACUGGGCUUCGCUAUGAUAAGGCUUUGCCUGGAGACCGGAGGCUGAGCAGUGUCAUGACGAUAGUGAAGUCCAGGCCGUUUCGGGAGAAGCAGGGGAAGAUCCUGCUGGAAGGUCGCAGGCUGAUAGCGGACGCGCUCAAGGCUGGAGCGGCGCCACAAGUUUUCUUCUUCAGCCGUCUGGAAUAUAUAAAGGAGCUGCCGGUCGAGAAGCUGAAAGGGGUCCGCCUCGUUAAGGUGAAAUUUGAGGAUAUCAAGGAUUGGUCCGACCUGGUAACGCCGCAAGGAAUAAUGGGGAUUUUUGCGAAGCCCGAUUACAGCAAGAUGACUUACCCAGAGAGUCAGCGUCACCAUUCGUUGCCUCUGCUCUUGAUUUGUGACAACCUCCGUGACCCCGGGAACCUGGGGACAGUUCUCAGAUCUGCUGCUGGGGCGGGCUGCAGCAGGGUCCUGCUCACCAAAGGCUGUGUGGAUGCCUGGGAGCCCAAAGUGCUGCGGGCAGGUAUGGGUGCGCACUUCCAGGUGCCUGUUAUCAACAACCUGGAGUGGGAAGCCGUGCCGGAGCACCUGCCCCCCAACACCCGCGUCUACGUGGCCGACAACUGUGGCCUCUAUGCCCGGGCCCACGCGUCUGAUAAAGCCGGUGUGUGUGAUCCACGCUUCCUCAAAUUUCACAAGUCCAAGGAGGAGGUGGAAGAGCUAGAAAGUGGAGCCGGUAAAGGCUGGCUCCCUGAACUUGAAGUCCAGAGUUACGACUUGGACUGGACAGAGGCCCCAGCAGCCGUGGUGAUAGGCGGGGAGACCCACGGCGUGAGCCUGGAGUCCCUGUGGCUGGCGGAGCGCACUGGGGGCAAGAGGCUGCUGAUCCCCGUCGUACCCGGCGUGGACAGCCUCAACUCGGCCAUGGCCGCAAGCAUCCUGCUGUUUGAGGGGAAGCGGCAGCUGCGGGCGAGGGCGGAACUCGGGAGCAGGAGCCAGAGCUACCACUGACGGGGGACU